AUGUAGAGUAAAGAGGCCAUAGACACAACAAAUUCUAAUAAUAUCAUGUAAAACUAAGCUGAUUGUAUUCGAGCUCCCCUUGUGGGAGGGAACGAAAAAGGAUUAGAUCUUGAAAGCGAUCAAAGUCCUCAUGGUGCUCCUAAAGAUGGAGAAGAGGAGUAAGUUAAAAGAUCACUAUACGGGUACGGGUUAAUGCUUGGGUUUGUUUGCAUUAACGCCUUGGCUGAUUCCAUUUCAAAAAUUCUCUUCAUCAAUCAUAGUAAUUUGGGUGUUUUUGAAAUGCUCCUAAUGAGAGGAACCUAUUUCCUUGUAAUUCUAGUUUUUAUUGUUGGCAAAAACUACAAGUGGAUCUUGUGGGAAUCUAUUCCAAGAAAUAUGAUCUUCCCAUUAUUGGUACGAGUUACCUGUGGAUGCUUAGGAUUUUUGUGUAUCAAUUAAGCAAUCAAGCAUUUGCCUAUUGUUCUGGUAGCACUCUUUGUAAACACUCUUCCCUUGUUCACUUCUUUGCUUGGAUUUCUUAUUUUGCGUGAGAAAAUCACAAAGAUGGAAGUCUUUUGUUUGGUACUCGCAUUUUUAGGAAUAUACACUCUGGUCUCUGGAAGUGAGAGAUUGUAAAACAGUGAAGAAGAUGUGAAAUCCAAUAUUAAUUCUUGGAGUUUAUUGAUGCUGAUAUUGGCACCCAUAUUUAUGGCAUCGAUAAAUGUCAGCUUGAGACAUAUGAGACAGCUCCAUGAACUAACUGCAUCUACUUACGCAGUAUUAUUCUCCAUUGUUUUCUACAGUACUUUGAUGUCUUUUACUGAUAAUGAUUUCUCUAUGUUCGACACAUUUUUGGUUCAUGAACACUUUUUAUUGCUAUUUAUUUCUCUUGCUGGUGGUACUGGUAUGCUUCUUAAGACAAGAGCUCUUUAACAUGAAAUGGCUGGUAGACUGAGCAUUCUUGGAUACUUUUCUAUUGUAUUCACUUUCUUUUUCGAUCUGAUCUUUAUCGGGACCAAGUUCAGUAUUGGAGAGAUCUAUGGUAUUCUUAUUGUACUCGCGGCAAAUGUUCUCUCAGCUUAUAUGGUGUUUCAUAAGAAUUUUCUUUAAAAAAAAGAUAAACCUGUUGAAGAAAAAGUUAUUCAAAAGUCUGAAAAAGAUUCUAAUUGA